GAGGUCCUCACGGCGGCAGCGGGACUGACUCCGCCACCCGCUCUGGCCACUGCGCCCUGGUGGAGAUCCCUGGGCAGCUGAAAGAGAGUGGCCAUGGAAGAUCUGGGGGAAAACACCACUGUCUUAUCCACCCUGAGGUCUUUGAACAAUUUCAUCUCUCAGCGAGCAGAGGGAGGAUCUGGACUGGAUGUUUCCACCUCUGCCUCAGAUUCUUUGCAGAUGCAGUAUCAGCGGAGCAUGCAGUUGGAGGAAAGAGCAGAGCAGAUCCGUUCGAAGUCCCACCUCAUCCAGGUAGAACGAGAGAAGAUGCAGAUGGAGCUGAGUCACAAGAGGGCUCGAGUGGAGCUGGAGAGGGCAGCCAGCACCAACGCCAGGAACUAUGAGCGCGAGGUUGACCGUAACCAAGAGCUCCUGACGCGCAUCCGGCAACUUCAGGAGCGGGAGGCCGGGGCCGAAGAGAAGAUGAAGGAGCAGCUGGAACGUAACAGAUUGUGUCAACAGAGCCUGGACACCACCAGCAAGAGACUGCGGGAGAAGGAGGACAGCCUGGCUGAGGCCAGUGAGACCAUCAAUGUGUUAAAGGGGAGGAUCUCGGAAUUGCAGUGGAGUGUGAUGGACCAGGAGAUGCAGGUAAAGCGUCUGGAGUCCGAGAAGCAGGAGCUGAAGGAGCAGCUUGACUUACAGCACAAGAAAUGGCAGGAAGCCAAUCAGAAAAUUCAGGAGCUCCAGGCCAGCCAAGAAAUGAGAGCAGACCAUGAACAGCAGAUUAAGGAUUUGGAGCAGAGGCUGUCCCUGCAAGAGCAGGAUGCUGCGAUUGUGAAGAGCAUGAAGUCGGAACUAGUGCGGCUUCCCAAGAUGGAGCGGGAGCUGAAGCAGCUGCGGGAAGAGAACGCUCACCUGCGGGAGAUGAGAGAGACCAAUGGGCUGCUCCAGGAGGAACUGGAAGGGCUGCAGAGGAGGCUGGGGCGCCAGGAGAAGAUGCAGGAGACGCUGGUUGGCUUGGAGCUGGAGAAGGAGAGGCUGCUGGCGAAGCUGCAAAGCUGGGAGAGACUGGACCAGAGCACGGGCUUGAGCAUCAGGUAG